AAACCGUUUAAAAUAAGCCACUGUACCCCUCCAUAAAUCCGCCAUUUUUAUCAUCUUCAGCUCUUGCUCUCAGUCUAGCCAUGAAAUUUUCACAUUAUUCAUGAAAAUCUCAUAAGCCUUAACGAAUUCACACACACCGGCCUUCUAAGAUUUUUGUUUGUUCUGAGAGUUUUUGAACAUGGUUUCUGCAGAAGAUUCACAGUCGCAUUCUCUUCCCUACUCCAAUUCCAGUAACAGUACGCGCUUUCCCCAAACACGCAUUACCUAUUACACACCACCGCCAUCUUCCGCCAAAGUCCCCCGUUCAAUGGGCCGUUCCAUGCGCACCGUCCGGCCCAGCCUCUUUCAGACCGAAAGGCCUGAUAAGUCGCCUGCCAUUUUUGGAAACUUGACCGACUUGGUUAUUGACCUCCGUCUCGACGAGCUCGCUAACAAAUCCCCGGUUAAUAUGAAAACCUCGUGCUCCGACGAAAUUGAUGCUUUUUUGGAUGCCUCUCAGGCUAUUAGCGACUUCUCGGCGUGCUCCAGUGAUAUAUCUGGCGAGCUCCAGCUACUUGCAGGCCUCCCCGCCUCUACGGAUGCCGUAUUGAAUUCAGAGCCCAAGCCUCAGCUGUUAUCGGGCCUUCUGCCGGGGGAGACAUUUUUAACGGAUAUUAUUGAGAAAAUUUCGCCUGAAGACCUACAACCUACAAUUAAACUCUGCGUUGAUGGGUUACAGUGUUCUUCAAUUGCAGCGAGAAGGUUAGCAGCAGCUAAAUUAAGAAUAUUAGCCAAGAAUCGGGCAGAUAAUCGGGAAUUAAUUGGGGAGUCCGGGGCAGUACCGGCUCUGGUCCCACUUCUCCGGUGCUCUGACCCGUGGACCCAGGAACAGGCAGUCACCGCGCUCCUCAAUUUAUCCCUCCAUGAAAGCAAUAAAAGCUUAAUCACAAAUGCAGGAGCUAUAAAAUCCUUAAUUUACGUACUAAAAACAGGCACAGAAACGUCAAAGCAGAAUGCAGCUUGUGCUUUGCUGAGCUUGGCUUUGAUUGAUGAGAAUAAAUUGUCAAUUGGGGCUUGCGGAGCUAUACCUCCAUUGGUGGCCUUGCUCAUACAUAGGUCAAAUAGAGGGAAAAAGGAUGCCUUAACAACACUGUAUAAGUUGUGUUCGGUGAAGGUGAAUAAGGAGAGGGCAGUGAGUGCCGGUGCUAUAAAACUAUUGGUGCGCCUUGUUGAGGAGCAGGUAACGGGAUUGGUAGAAAAGGCGAUGGUGGUGUUGAGUAGUUUGGCUGGGAUUGAGAUGGGACGCGAGGCAAUAGUUGAAGAAUGCGGGAUCGCCGUCCUAGUGGAGACUAUUGAGUAUGGAAGUGAUAAGGGGAAGGAGUUUGCAGUUUUGACUUUGUCACAGUUGUGCGGAAAUAGUGCUAGGAAUCGGGGAUUGCUAGUUAGGGAGGGAGGCAUUCCACCUCUGGUUUCACUGACCCAGACUGGGACUGCUAAAGCCAAGCUUAAGGCUGAAACACUUCUUGGGUACCUGAGAGAAUCAAGACAUAAAGCUUCUACUUCAAGUCCUUAAAGAGAGGUUCUUAAGAUGGUUUAAUAGUAUAUUAUACUAAAGUGUUUUGUUAGUGGCUGUAUAUAGAAAGUGUUUGGAUGUAAUUGUACAGUGGUUGUGUAAUUUGCUAGUUUAUGAACAAAUAAACCGGAAAAAUUUGUAGAAGCAGGCGAGUAGAAGUUUGACCUUUUUGUUGGAUUCUAGUCAACUUAGCGUUUUUUUGUUGUUCGAUCCCCCUUCACUGACCGUAGUUUGUAUUUGUGGAGGAGAGCUUGUUAGUUCUUUUUCGCCCCUAAGAAUUUGGGCAAUCAUCCUUUGUUGUGUUUGGGAUGUCCAAAUUUUUUGUUGAAGGGUUUAGCAACUGUCUGAUCCAUGUUAUAAAGGAUUGAAUAUGUUUUUCUGAGU